AUGGAAUGCAUAUGGGAUCGGUUUGGAUUGUGGAUCAGAAUCUGUCUUGGGUUGAUUUCUCUCUGGGGAGUUCAACGGUGUUGGUCGCUGAAUGACGAAGGAAUUGCUUUGUUGGAAUUUCGGGUAAGAAUAACUUAUGAUCCUUAUGGUGCUCUGGGAAAUUGGAAUCCAAAUGAUUCCGACCCUUGCAAGUGGUUGGGUGUUCGUUGCGUUGAUGGUAAAGUGCAAACGCUGGACUUAAAUGGGCUAUCAUUGGAAGGGACAUUAACUCCUCAUCUUGGGAAACUUAGUCACUUGAAAUCUAUCUUGUUACGCAAGAACAAUUUUUCUGGUGGCAUUCCCAAAGAACUUGGAGAACUAGACAAUCUGGAGUUGUUAGAUUUGAGGGAGAAUAACUUGAUUGGAAAUAUCCCCGCCGAAACCGGGAGGAUAUUGUUGAAACAAUUGUUGGUUCAUGACAACAAAUUUGAAGGUAGCGACACUCAAGAGCUCGGGAACAUGGGACUUCCUUCUAAAUCACUAGUUAUCGACGACUUUUCAUCUCCCUUGGCAAGUUUGUUUCAGUGCAAGAAUAGAAAGUUUGCGCACUGCGCGUGGUAUAGAGAUCUCAAGCAAUGGAACAAGGAAGAGCUUUUGGCGAUUCCAAUUAAAGGAGCACUUAAAAGAUAUCUUAAUGCCAUGGCUAUGUCACUGUUCAUGCUAGGAAAGGCUACCUCUCAUGGCUAUGAAGAGAGUUUCUGUGCCGGUCUUCCUAGUUCUGACGAGUCGGAGAUUGGCUCAAAUUUAUCAAAUCUAGUCAGUUCUGCACGUCGUAGGUUGCUUGAUCAGUCCAAUAACCUCGCAGCUGCACCUUAUAGCGGUGAACUCGUUAUACAGAUCAGUUAUCUUCCAGUUACCAUAAGUAGUGGAUCUUUCUCGGCUGUGCCAGAUGCCAAUAAGAAACAAAAUCAGGCCCUUGAACCACUCGAUUCAUCUGCUGGUUCUCAAACAACUGAACCAAAUUCAGCUAAUGGCGCUCCAAGAAAACUCUGGAAAUAUAUUAUUAUUAUCUCUGGUGCUGUUAUCUUGGUCAUUUUUAUUGCGAUCAUGCUUUGCGUCUUGCGAAAACGAGCUGCAAAAGCUAUAAAGCCCUGGAAAACAGGAAUAAGUGGACAGUUGCAAAAGGCAUUUGUAACAGGGGUCCCAAAGUUGAACCGAUCAGAGUUGGAGACAGCGUGUGAAGAUUUCAGCAAUAUCAUUAACAGUUUUGAGAAGUGCACCAUAUAUAAAGGAACACUGUCCAGUGGAGUCGAGAUUGCCGUUGAUUCUACUAUUGUUACUUCUACUGAAGAUUGGUCAAAGAGCAUGGAGAUAUCCUACAGGAGAAAGAUUGCUGCUCUAUCCCGCGUUAACCAUAAGAACUUUACCAAUCUUAUUGGUUACUGUGACGAAGACGAACCAUUCACAAGGAUGAUGGUGUUUGAGUAUGCUCCAAACGGAAGCUUAUACGAGCAUCUACAUGUUAAGGACAUUGAACAUCUUGAUUGGAGUGCAAGGAUGAGGGUUAUUAUGGGCACGGCGUAUUGUCUUCAAUACAUGCACCAUGAUCUGAACCCACCAGUCUCUCAUUCCAACCUUAAUUCAGUUUCAAUAUUGUUAACAGAUGACUUUGCUGCUAAGAUUUCAGAGAUCAGUUUUGGCACUAAUAGAUUUCCUACCAGCACACAUGGAGAGGAAUCUAAGAAAUCCGAGUUGCCUCCUCAACAAGGUCCUGAAACCGAUGUCUAUAACUUUGGAAUAAUGUUGCUCGAAAUCAUUUCUGGGAAACUACCUUAUUCGGAAGAACAAGGCUAUCUUGUGAACUGGGCUUCGGAGUUCUUGAAUGAUAAGCGAAACAUCGGCUGUUUGAUCGAUCCAACGCUCGAGUCGUUCAAAGACACUGAACUCGAUGUGAUAUGUGAUGUGAUAAAAGAAUGUGUUCAAUCUGAUCAAAGGUUAAGGCCAACAAUGAAGGAAACAAUUUGCAAAUUGAGGGAAGUGAUUAAUAUAUCGCCCGAGCAAGCCGUCCCGAGACUUUCUCCACUCUGGUGGGCCGAACUCGAAAUCUUGUCGGUAGAGGCCACUUAA